AUGGGGAGAGCGCCGUGCUGCGAGAAGGACGGUCUGAAGCGGGGCGCGUGGAGCCCCGAGGAGGACCAGCGGCUGGCCGACUACAUCGCUCGGCAUGGCCACCCCAACUGGCGCGCCCUCCCCAAGCACGCAGGGCUUCUGCGGUGCGGGAAGAGCUGUCGCCUGCGGUGGGUCAACUACCUCAGCCCGGACAUCAAGCGGGGCAACUUCACCGCCGACGAGGAGGACCUCAUCAUCCGCCUCCAUCAGACCGUCGGCAACAGGUGGUCCGUGAUAGCUGCGCAGCUGCCCGGGCGCACUGACAACGAGAUCAAGAACGUCUGGCACUCGCACCUCAAGAAGAGGCUGGAGGACGGCCUGAAGCCAGCCGCCGAUCACGACGCCGGCGGCAGUGGCCGGCAGAAGUCACGCAAGCAGGCCAAGGCUAGGAGCGCCACCGUCGACGCUCGUAAGCGGCAGAAGUCGCCGCAGGGGCAGUCGAGCAGCAGCUUGACGUGCUCCACGGUGACCGAGUCGGCGGCGGCGGUGUCAUCCUCGCCGAGCGAUAACGCCACCAUCACAGGAGCGAGCCACGGCCACCAGCUCGUGAAAGAGGACACCUCCAGCUCGGAGGCGGUCACUGACAACAGCUUCUUGUCUUCAACAGACGUGACGGGAAUGAUAGACCUCGGUGCCACGGACGAGGAUCUGAGCCUGGCGAUGAGCUCAUCAUCGAACUGGAGCGAUGACCAGGACUUCUGGAUCAAGAUGCUGCAGGAGGGCGGAGACAUAAUAGACUUGCCAGAGUUGUAACAGUUGGAAAUUAAGCUUGAUUAGCUACAGUACUGUAGUUUUUUCUCCUCUUUUUACCUCCCUUCUUCGGGUGAGAAAUU